AUGGCUCAUCCAAUGCCUGGCCUCAGGAAGCAGCUGCGUGGUGCUGCCAAGCUGGGCAGUCUCUUGAAGAAUAUCGUCCUCAAAUUCUUCACGAGGGGUCAGUCUUCAUCAUCUGCCGAGCCAACACUUCAUAAGCACCCAUUCUUCUCUUCUGUCCCACGUUCGAGGCGGUCCCUUCACUACAUACAGGAGUACUCGUCUCCAAUGGGCCCGCUCAGGCCCGCUAUCUCGCAGCUGGUCAGCGUAGACUCGCGCUUCUUAAGCGUUCGCGCCCAAGGCUUGAGUAGCUUCUCCGUUCCUGCAGCGAGCGAAGCGAUGUCGGAGACAGUUCCAGCAGGAGCCCGCACUGGAUACGAAGAGACAGCCUUGCCGAUGUCUCGGUUGCCACUAACGGGGCCGCAGCUGCCUCUGCAUUCAAAUAGUACUAAUAUUGCUGGUAGAGUCAAGCCUUACAUCGCGCUAAAAGAUUCCCUUCACAGCACAGUUACCUGCGGAACACCGACCUCACAAGAAAAGCCUCAGCUUCCAACGCCGUCAAAAAAGAAAGACCGUCGCGUUCAGUUGAACAUGACCAUUCAGAUUUGCGAGUACUUCCCCCUUGACGCUCCUGAUGACAUACGGCUUUCAGAGAAUGCCACAGAUCGACUACUGUCAGCUCAUCCCGACAUGCAUAACCAACGCCCUCUCGGACGGUUGAGUCUUCGGAAAAUUGAAGUCACGUUUGGACGCGAUACUGCCCAAGAUCAUAAAGCGGUGACUACAGACACCAUUCCAGCCACACCCGUUCAGUCUCCGGUGGCCAUUUCUGAGUAA